AUGAACACAUUAGCUGAGAUAUAUGGGAAUACGUUUCCAAGAAAUCUUCGAUUUGAUCGAGCUAGUCAGAUUCUUUAUGCACAAUGCUAUUUGGUUUCGAAGCGAUACAGACACAAGAAGUACAUCCCAAAGUCUGAAAUACAGGAUAUACUAGAUCAAUACACUCACCCGCCUGGAGCACCGUGGUCUCAACUUCCCCUUGUGCGUCAUAUACUAUGCACCCGUAUUAUUAAUGUCGUAAGGGUUUUUAUGGGAAAAAGAUCGUGGCUCUAUAACCGCAAUGUUGAUGCUGAGUAUACAAAGAUAAAGGCCUGGCUCGAUAGAGAGGACGAAACACGCUUAGGAAGGUCGGGGUUAUCUGCCGGCACUAGAGGCGGCAGCACGGGAGUAAUUUUAGGUAAAUUCGUGGAAAGAGAGCGGUUUGACAAGGAACUUCUUGCGACCAUUCGUGUAGCCACAAUGUACCAACGAAUGGCUCGGCUUGGCAUUGUUUCUGUUAUCAUUCUGAUUCUAGUCCUCUUUGCGGCAGUGUACACAGACUAUAUAAUCUACUUGUUGGUGCGUUACUGGUGGUGCAUGGAUCGUGCAGAGACGGUCCAGUGGCUGAACGAAGUAACUGCAAGGCAUACAACAGCUGAUGUUCCACCAGCGUACAAAGAUCUACUGCCACUGCCUUGUGAGAGGAUUGUGAAUAGUGACCAGGAGGCUAUUUACACCGUUAAUAUAGUUGAGUUGACAUCGGAAGAGCGAUCAGUCACUGUGAUGGCGGUGCCUUGCCCCUUGGUAGGCGAAAAGGAGUUUUUUCAAGAGGUAGGCAAGCUUGCCGCAGUCUGUGAUUGCAUUGUUGCAGAGGAGGUGAGCUUCGAUAAAGUUGACAAACUUCCACCAGCGAUGUUGAUGCCGUUGCGUGAUAACACAUUUCCCUCCUUGGGUGUUCACCACCGCUUUUUGGACAUUUUACGUUCGAGUGUGGGGGACGAACCACCGUUGCUGUACCCGGCUGGCUCAACUGUCGCCUGGGGUGCACUCUUUAAACAAAUUGUUAUCCCAUUUGAGAUACGUGCUGUAUUUUUCCCUACCAUGCUUUCUGCCACAAAGGCAGAGGCGCGCAUAGGCUGGGGGCGUGUACGCGCUGUCAUUGAGGAGAUUGCACCACUUAACGCAAAGGCUCGAGGUAGCACCGGUGGGAGUGACCGAGGCGAUAGAAAGUCGCCGCACUAUGUAGUCUGCCUACCGUGGACAGUGAACCAAAUUAUGAACUUAGAGGCGAGCCUAAUAAAGAUGGGGUUUAAGGUCAAGCGUAUCUUUCCGUUGCACUGGAUCCCUGAGGACUACAUGGGCAACCAUUUCUGCGAUUACUAUCAUUUUGAUUUGUAA